CACAGUUUGUAUAUCCUAUUUCUUUCCAGAUUUUUAUUACAGAUGGAAAUUCUUAUGGAGUUGUUUUCAGUUUGGUAGAUGCUUUGGAUAAACUGGCAAAAAGAAGAGAUCCCAAAAAAGGACAUUUUGAGAUGACAAAUCUGCAAAUGAUCAUAUUUUGGAUAAGGCUGAUAUAUGAGUAUGCUGUACUGCUACAUGGCUCAGAGGAGAAACCUUUGAUCAAUGGAAUUAUAGCAUCUCCGACGAUUAGUCUGAUUGGGACGCACAUGGACCUACUCACGGGGAGUGAUGCUGAGAAGGAGACAGAGGUUGAUGACAUGUUCGACAGAAUAUUUAAGGAACUCGAAGGAACACCAUACGAACGUCACGUGGAUCGUGAGAGGUAUGCCGUAGACAACACCACAGCACUGGAUGAAGGGAUUCAAAGAUUGAAAAUAAACGUAGGCGGUUUCAUGAAGGGAAUGGAAAGAACUGUUCCAAUAAAUUGGAUGGACUUCCAAAUUGAGGUACAAGAAGCCGGGAAAACAACUUUGCGCAUGUCCUUAGAUAAGGCUUCAGCGAUGGUAAAAUAUUGGCGUAAAUUGAAUGAAGGAGGAAUUCUGGAAGAACCGUUAGCACGCUAUUUGUGGAGAAAUGAACUUAAAAGUAGUGAAGAUGAUGACGACGUCGUUUUUAAAGACUUCAUUGAACUUAUGAAGGCAUUUGGACUUCUCUUUGAAAAGAUCAAGAAAGCAGCAUCAGAGGAUGGCCCUCGAGUAUUUGUCGUUCCAUCUCGAAUGAAGACCAAAGAUGAUGAUAGAUUGGAAGUUAAGGAAGAUGAGAAGCAGACAGUAUCCAUCUAUGUGACGCCUAAAGACUUUCUUCCCGACGCGGUCUACGAUAUCUUGGUCGUAAGAUUUGUGAGUUUGAGUCAAGAGAAUGGUUGUUGUGAUGACCCAAAGUUGUUUCAGAAUCAGUCUAAAAUUCUAUUCGAUGAUAAGCAUUACCUAAGACUAGGUCGAAUAUCAAUUGAUAAUAAACGUUCUUUGAAGCUUGAAAUAUCACGGAUGAAAGAGAGAGACGCAGACGGCACAAACAAGUCUGCUUGCAAGCCGCAUCCUGAUGUCUGUAAGGAGGUUUUGCAGGUUUUAAAGCAACACCUAGGUGAGGUAUAUCCAUCUAAGAGAGUUGUCGGUUAUGCUCUGAAAAUCCUUUGCUUAGUCUGUUCAAACACUGAGGAACCACACUUUCAAGAACUUGAGUACUGCUUAAAGAACGAGAAUAUGACUUGUGACAAAACUGGUGAACUUAUAACGAUGCCGGCAGCUAAUGUACAGAAGCUAUUUGCAGCUGGUAUUGUACAUAAAUCCUCAGUUACGGAUACGGCUCAUCAAUCCUCGGCUAUGAAUAAAGCAUUCUCAGAUAAGAAGUUGCGAGAGCUAAAAACUAUUGUCUCACAAUGGUAUGACAGCAACAAAUGUGUUCCUUUGCUGAAAGUGUUGUUCAGAGAUAAGAUGGACAAUUACGAGCUAUCACCAGAAACUCACACGAUGGACCUGCUGAAUAUAUUAUUUGAACGUGGUCAUCUGAGCUCACAGAAUCUUGGACUCCUGUGUGAUACUAUUAGCAUAACCAAACAGUUUGGUCUUUUAUCGAAGAUUAAAGAAAAACUGCCAUCAUUCCCAGAUGUGGAGGAAGGAACCAUUUCAAAAAGAUUCACAUCUCACAGACAAAGGCUAAUGAAAUUUGGAAUGAAGACCAACAGAUAA